AUGCAGUCAGCAGAGGUCAUAGUGAUCGGAGCAGGUAUCGGUGGCUUGUGUGCAGCAAAGACGUACAAGGAGCUCGCAUCUGACACAGAACUUUUAAUCCUCGAAUCUCGUGCUACCGUGGGCGGAGUAUGGGCCAAGCAGAACCUAUAUGAAGGUAUCAAGACCAACAACCUCGUCGGCACAUAUGAGUUUAGCGACUUCCCACUACUAGGCGAACCCAAGUAUGGACUGAAGGAAGGCCAGCACAUUCCUGGCCAUAUCGUGUACCAGUACCUCGAAGACUAUGCUCAACACUUCGACAUCCACCGUCUGAUACAGUUCCACACCGAUGUCAAGGAGAUCGAGAAACUCGACAAUGGCUGGAGAAUCCUGGCCACGAGAACAGACGUCGAUGGCUCACCAACAGAGCAAAUCUACUCCUGCAAAAAGCUAAUCAUGAGCAACGGCCUCGCAUCCACCCCCCGCCCGGUCUCCCUCCCCGGCAUGGAAUCCUUCGACCGCCCCCUCUUCAACCACUCCCGCCUCCCCGACCUCGCACCCGCCAUCGCCAAAGACCCCUCCAUCCACUCCGUCACCGUCAUCGGCGCCUCCAAAAUCGGCUACGACGCCGUCUACCUCUUCGCCUCGCACGGCAAAAACGUCAACUGGAUCGUGCGAGAGAGCGGGGGAGGCGCGGUGUGGAUGUCUCCGCCGUGGAUUCCGCUGGGGCCGUGGACGGUUAUGCUGGAGCAUGUGGUUACGACGAGGUUGUUUACGUGGUUUAGUCCGUGUGUUUGGGGGGAGUAUGAUGGGUUUGCGUGGGCUGAUACCGUCGAAGGCAAUGGGUACAGGAAGGAGAAGUCGCUUGCUCAUCUUGAGCCCAGAGAGAGCCUCUUCUGGAACGCCCGAGUAGGCAUCCACAACUACGCCUCAGACGUCCACGACUACCUCCGCUCCGGCCAAGUCACGCUCCACAGGAAAGACGUCGAUCGCAUCGGCAAGGGUGGCCAUAUCGCCUUCUCAGACGGCAGCACCUCCACAACAGACGCCCUCAUAGCCAUAACAGGCUGGCAACUUGUCCCACGCAUCACCUACAAACCCGCCGGCAUCGACGCUGACCUCGGCGUCCCCAGCACAACAUACACGCCCCAACAAGCCAGCUUCUGGACCGACCUCGACAGCAAAGCCGACGCCCACAUCCUCGGCCGCUUCCCCUACCUCCAAAGCCCACCCGAAGCCAAACUCCCCAUCACCCAGACCGUAACCCCCUUCCGUCUCUACCGAGGCAUCGCGCCCCCAGCCCUCACAGCGCGCGGCGACCACAGCCUAGCUUUUAUGAAAAUGGUCCACUGCACCGCGAACCUCAUCCUCGCUGAGACGCAAGCGCUGUGGGUCUUCGCUUACCUCAAGAAUCAGCUCUCGGUGGACAGGGAGGGUGUGUACUGGGACACCGCGCUGACGAGUCGAUACGGAAAGCAUCGGUAUCCCUGGGGGUUUUCGGCUUGGUGGCCGGAGUUUGUGUAUGAUGUUGUGCCGUAUGCGGAUAUGCUGUUGAGUGAUUUGGGGUUGAGGCGGUGGAGGAAGGGGUGGUGGUGGAGGGAGGUGGGAGAAGGGUAUACUGUGCAUGAUUAUAAGGGGAUUUGUGGGGAGUGGAGGGCGAAGCAGAAGAGGAUGCAGGGUAGAAUAGAAUAG